GGGUUCCACCCAGCUCACCUGCCCAGACUACAAACUAACCUUUCCCUCCUUAUCUUCAUUCUUCUUCUUCCUCAGAUCUUUCUUUGACUGGAAGAAUAUCCCAUGACUGAGGCAACAGCUCCCAUUCAUGGUCAUGUAAAAAGUGUUUGUGGGGGCAGGAGUGGGGGUAUUGGGGAAAGUGAAAUAUUAAUGAGGGAGACAGAAGGCGGAGUGUGCCCUGACCUGGACCACACUUCUCAUCUUAGAACUCUCGCAGAGUGUCCUUCUUCACCUUGUCCCUCACAGUUAUGUGUCCUAGGUCCCUGGUUCAAUACGACUGCCUUCUUUUCUGGACUCAAGAAGAGAGCAGGUUUCUCCAUCUACCCUUCUUAUAUGCUAAUGACCUCAAAACUGUGUCCAUAAAGCAGGAGUCUUGCUGCUGGUGGAGGAUUUGGAUUCAUCUGGUCAGGACUCCUGUAUGUGGGGGCUUUAGCUGCUGACCUGUUGCCUGAUAGUUUUUCUUCACCAUGGAGAAGGAAAAAUCAAUGAUGUCAGGAAAAGAAUGGUCGAGAAAGAAUGAAAGGAUCUGGUGUUCACAUGGAAAGGUUGGCCUUAAUUUGAUACAAGAUUGAUUGUAUCAGGAAUGAAGAAAUUGUGAGUAUGGUCAUCAGCUGAGAAUAAGGAGGCAGGUGAAAAUGUUGAAGUUUUAGUUCUGACGCAGAAAGAGCUUGGAAGUCAUCAUUCCCAUCCUUACAAGAAGAAAAAGCUGAACGAACUGAAGAUCAAUGACUUUUCUUGAUUCAUCAGAGAACUGGGCUUGUGGGGCAAACUGCCACCCUGAGAUGUGGAGAGUGGUGGAUUCAGACAGUCACAGCUGAGAUUGGCUUAACUGGAACAGAAGCCACUAGAGCCAUGAACAGGUCUGGAGAUGUGUGCACAUCUGAGGAACACGUGGUGCAGAAUUGAGGCCUCUGCAAGUGUAAAAUAAUAGAAGGCUCUCAGGUGUGAUAGGGCAGGGAGCUACUGGAGAAGGGCUCUGGCUGGAGCAGGUGGGCUGGAGCAGGAAUCCUAAAACCAAAAUAUUAGAACGAAAACAGAAACAUGGCUCACCAUAUUACAUUUCUUUGGAUAGUUUUGGUCCUGCUUCUUCAGAAUUCUGUAUUAGCUGAAGAUGGGGAAAUAAGAUCAAGUUGUCGUACUGCUCCAACAGAUUUAGUUUUCAUCCUAGAUGGCUCUUACAGUGUUGGUCCAGAAAACUUUGAAAUAGUGAAAAAGUGGCUUGUCAAUAUCACAAAAAACUUUGACAUAGGACCGAAGUUUAUUCAGGUUGGAGUGGUCCAGUAUAGUGACUACCCUGUAUUGGAGAUUCCUCUUGGAAGCCAUGAUUCAGGAAAGAAUUUGGUGGCAGCAAUGGAAUCCAUACAUUACCUGGGCGGAAACACAAGGACUGGAAAGGCCAUCCAGUUUGCACUUGAUUACCUUUUUGCCAAGUCCUCACGGUUUCUGACUAAGAUAGCAGUAGUACUUACAGAUGGUAAAUCCCAAGAUGAAGUUAAAGAUGCAGCAGAAGCAGCAAGAGAUAGUAAAAUAACAUUAUUUGCUAUUGGCGUUGGUUCAGAAACAGAAGAUGCAGAACUUAGAGCUAUUGCCAAUAAGCCUUCAUCUACUUACGUGUUUUAUGUGGAAGACUAUAUUGCAAUAUCCAAAAUAAGGGAGGUGAUGAAGCAGAAACUUUGUGAAGAAUCUGUCUGUCCAACACGAAUUCCAGUGGCAGCUCGCGAUGAGAAAGGGUUUGAUAUUCUUUUAGGCUUGGGUGUAAAGAAAAAGGUUAAGAAAAGAAUCCUGCUUUCACCAACAAAGAUAAAAGGAUAUGAAGUAACAUCAAAAGUUGACUUAUCAGAAUUCACAAGCAAUGUUUUCCCAGAAGGUCUUCCUCCAUCAUAUGUAUUUGUCUCCACUCAGAGAUUUAAAGUCAAGAAAAUGUGGGAUUUAUGGAGAAUUUUAACCAUUGAUGGAAGGCCACAAAUAGCAGUUACUUUAAAUGGUGUGGAUAAAACUUUACUAUUUACAACAACCAGCAUGAUUAAUGGCUCACAAGUGGUCACCUUCGUUGACCCUCAAGUUAAGACAUUAUUUGAUGAAGGCUGGCAUCAAAUUCGUCUCUUAGUAACAGAACAAGAUGUAACUCUGUAUAUUGAUGAUCAACAAAUUGAAAACAAGCCCUUACAUCCAGUUUUAGGGAUCUUCAUCAGUGGGCAAACUCAAAUUGGAAAGUAUUCUGGGAAAGAAGAAACCGUUCAGUUUGAUGUCCAGAAGUUGCGAAUCUACUGUGACCCAGAACAGAACAACCGAGAGACAGCAUGCGAGAUUCCUGGAUUUAAUGGCGAGUGCCUUAAUGGUCCCAGUGAUGUUGGCUCAACUCCAGCUCCCUGUGUUUGUCCUCCGGGAAAACCAGGACUGCAGGGUCCCAAGGGUGAACCUGGACAGCCUGGGAACCCUGGCUACCCUGGACAAUCUGGUCAAGAUGGUAAGCCUGGAUAUCAGGGAAUUGCAGGAUCACCAGGUGUCCCAGGAUCCCCGGGAAUACAAGGAGUUCAAGGACUACCAGGUUACAAAGGAGAACCAGGGAGAGAUGGUGAAAAGGGUGACCGUGGACUUCCUGGUUUUCCAGGGCUUCAUGGAAUCCCAGGAUUAAAGGGUGAAAUGGGCCCCAAAGGAGAUAAAGGAUCAACUGGAUUUUAUGGCAAAAAGGGUGCAAAAGGUGAAAAGGGGAAUUCUGGUUUUCCUGGCCUCCCUGGACGUGCUGGAGAACCAGGAAGACAUGGCAAGGAUGGAUUAAUGGGUAGCCCUGGUUAUAAGGGAGAAGUAGGACCUCCAGGUGCUCCAGGUCAGGAUGGAUCACGGGGAGAGCCUGGAAUACCAGGAUUUCCUGGAAACCAAGGAUUAAUGGGACAAAAGGGAGAAAUUGGGCCUCCAGGACCACUAGGAAAAAAAGGAGCUCCGGGGAUUCCUGGUUUAAUGGGACGUGAUGGCUCACCAGGUCAGCCUGGAACACCAGGAUCUAAGGGAAAUAAAGGUGAACCUGGACUUCAAGGGAUGCCUGGGGCUUCUGGACUAAAGGGAGAACAAGGAGCAGUAGGUCCCCCAGGAGAACCAGGAUACCUGGGUUUACCUGGAAUUCAAGGAAAAAAGGGGGACAAAGGAAGUCAAGGUGAAAAAGGCAUUCAGGGCCAAAAGGGAGAAAAUGGAAGACAGGGAAUUCCAGGGCAACAGGGAAUUCAAGGCCAUCAUGGUAUGAAAGGAGAGAGAGGUGAGAAGGGGGAGCCUGGUGUCAGAGGUGCCACUGGACCAAAAGGAGAGUCUGGGGUGGACGGCCUAAUGGGGCCUGUGGGCCCCCAGGGGCAGCCUGGGGAAGCAGGUCCACAGGGACCUCCAGGACUAGAUGGGAAGCCCGGGAGAGAAUUUUCGGAACAGUUUAUUCGACAAGUUUGCACCGAUGUAUUAAGAGCUCAGCUACCAGUCUUACUUCAGAGUGGAAGAAUUCAAAGUUGUGAUCAUUGCCAGUCCCAACAUGGUUCCCCUGGUAUACCUGGGCCACCUGGUCCCAUAGGCCCAGAAGGUCCUAGAGGAUUUCCUGGUUUACCAGGAAGAGAUGGUGUUCCUGGAUUAGUUGGUGCUCCUGGACGUCCAGGUGCCAGAGGAUUAAAAGGCCUACCAGGAAGAAAUGGGGCAAAGGGAAGCCAAGGGUUUGGGUACCCCGGAGAACAGGGUCCCCCUGGUCCCCCAGGUCCAGAGGGCCCUCCUGGAAUAAGCAAAGAAGGUCCUCCAGGAGAUCCAGGUCUCCCAGGCAAAGAUGGAGAUCAUGGAAAACCCGGAAUCCAAGGGCAACCAGGACCCCCUGGCAUCUGUGAUCCCUCACUAUGUUUUAGUGUAAUUGUUGGAAGAGAUCCAUUUAGAAAAGGACCAAACUAUUAGUGUCUGAUGCCUCAUUCAGCAAUCUAGGCAUGGUGCUUUUCUUUUAUGGUCUUUUGCAUCUCAGGAAGAUAACAACAGUAAUCCCUUGAAAAGAAACUAAAGUACCUCGGUGUUUUUAUUAUUAUUUUUUUCUUAAGGAAAAAUAUAUAAAAGUUCACAUAUACUGAUUUUAAAGGCUCUGCAGUAAUUCAGAGCCUUUAGAUUAGUAGCAUUAACUAAAUCUCAAGGGUUUCUUCUAAGUCCAUUUAUUUUAAUCAAAGUUGAAUAUAAAAAAAACCCCACCAUUGCCUGUUAGCCAGUCAAUUCCAGUCACUGUGAAAUAUUUCACAUUCAGCCUCCAUGCAGCAGAGUAUUUGAGUUCAAUUUCAUGUCUUUGUGAAUUUCAUGUUUCAUAUCUCAUAGCACAUGCUUGUACAUUAGCCAAAACAUGUGUCUGGUGUUGUUGGAAAUAACAUCAGGGUUGAUACUCAGCUGGGACAGACAGUGUUGUCAUACCAGUCAUUUACUCCAUUGUCUGCUUAUUGGGUAGGGACAGUGGACUGCUGGUCGUUCAGUGUUUUGAAUAUCACCUCUGAAUGAGAUGAAUGUGUUUCUUAAAGUACAUUAGCAAAUUCUCAAAUUCGGUUAAUGAUUAUGCUAAGAAAGUAUUGAUUACAUUGGGAGUGGUCAUAAUUGUGUAACAUUAAAAACAUGUUAGAAGAAAGUUUCAUUGUACCCCAUCAAUAUGUUCAAAGGAAAUGCAGGUUCAGGAAUACUAAAAAGACUCCAUUCUUCACAUUAGCUUUGUAAUUGGAAUGUUUGUUGUAUGCCUUCAUUUUCCAUUUCACUUAUUAUAUGUGUAUGUUCCUAUUAUGUUAACUUUUAUUGUAGCAAAGCUUAUGGGAAUAAAUGCUCUAGUUGAAAGGAAAGGUAACUCCACAGAUCCUAGUAUGUCUUGAUAUUUUUAGCACUUUAGAUACUUUAAAAUAUUAUGAACAGUCUUUGUGUACUGUACUUACUGCUUUUGUAAGGAACAUAUUUGAGAUAUUUCAUCCUAAUCAUGCUCUAAAUUUUGUUACAUGCUUGUUAUUCAAAGUUCAAUAAAGUUUUGUACAACA